UCCCUUCCGUUCAACCCGAACUCAUUUCACCGAAUUCAUAUGCCUCUUUUCAACAAACGUUUUACCCCAAGAUAUUUAUUUCGACUAGUUGCCCCCAGGACUGCGGGGGAAACUACAUCAUUAACUGUAGUGUCAUCGGCUGCUACGUCAGGGCAAACACAGGAUAUAUUCCAUCUACCUGCCCACAGAGCCGCAAGCUUACUCUUGAGUCACCUGCUCUGGCAGCGUGGACAUGAGGACGGAUGCAAUCUAAUGAGUUGGACAAGCUCUCUGUUGUUUGCUCUGCAAUAUGCUCUAUACCGUCAUCAUCAGGAUGGUGACAGUUUGAGUCAGAUUAUUCUAAUCAUUCUUGAUACUCAGCAAUUCUCCAAGGGAACAUUGGUGCAGGGUAUGGAAAUAAUACGUGCUUUCGGGGGAGUAGAUAGGGAACUACAAAGGUUUCUUGAGUUUCGGGAAAGUAAGCUACCCUAA